GCGCUGGGCACCAACUGGCAGGUUAUGGCCGGGACUCGUGACCGUUUUGCAUGAAUCCCUCCACCGUUUCAACAGUCUUACUUCUACUCCCUUCUUCUCUGCACUAAACAACACAAACACAGAGGUUUUUCAACGUUUCUCUCUCUGUCUGUGCAAAAGCUAUGGCAGGAGAACUUCCUGGGUUUUACUAUGAUGCGGAAAAGAACAGGUACUUCCCCACCAAAGGUCCAAUACCCGGCUCCCGUCGUGUGACCACUGCUGCUUCUUCUUCCAACGCUCAAACACCGGCCCAGGUGAGCAAUUCAUGUAGGCGAACCAGAGUAAAAACUUCUAAGCUGCUUCAUGACAGGGAGUUAUGUGGUAAUCUCAUCGCUUCCAGUAAAGGAAGGUGUAACUUUUAUGAGGAAUUCCAAAAGGCGCAAGUAUCCCAUCCUGUGGUUUGGAAGUAUCAGGGAACAAAUCAGUUAGGUGAUGGUGCUUUGGAGCGGAUUCGCAUGGAUGUACAGACAGGAGAGGGACUAACUGAUACGGACUUUGUAUUAGCAGGUGGCGCUGAUGGCUCUUUAAGUAUUUUUGAAGUUGGGAAAGUUGGGCAGGGUCUUGAGUACGGGAUGAAAUGUAAGGCAGAUCGUGUCUGGCCACUGUUGAACGAAAGUCAACUAGAGUGUAGUGAAGUGCCUGGGCACAUAUGGAGACCAGCUCAAGCUACACCACGAAUGCCAUCGAAUAUAUCUCGUAUAAAAUUGUUUGGAAAGCAGUCUUCUGGCACAGAAGAUGAAAGUUCACGCACCCAGCAUAUGUUGGUAUCAACGUUGGGAUGUGAGAGGGCUGGUGGGAGUCUUGUGGUUAUUAACCUUGUUGAACUACUAAAUUUCAAUCCAAAUAGGCUUGUCUUAAGGCGAAACAUUUAUGAGAUUGCAACUUUCAACUGCACUAUUUGGACUGCAGAUUGUGAACCUGAUGGGAGUCGUGCAGUGAUUGGAACCAACCUGGGAGCUGCUUUGGUGGAUUUGGAAACUGGGAGGGCAUCAUGGCUGUUACGCAGUAAAAGUGAUGUUUUGGCACAACAACUCGUUCACUCGGGAAAUGCUGUUUUAUGCGGACUCAGAAAUGGAGCAAUUGUAACAGUUGAUGUUCGUGAGAAACAGGAAGCAUUUCCUGCAAGACAAGUUAGACAUAGAAUGCGCCCCUCACCUUUGGAUAACACUCUUGGAAAAUCUAGUAAACAAUCGUUUAAGCUUUCCAGAAAUAUGAAUUCUUCUCAUAGCACUAAAAUGCCUUCCUCUAUUGCAAGUUUGGUAUCGCUUCGGUUUGAUGACCAGUACUUCUUGGCAAGCUCCAUGGAUGGAACAGUGAAGCUUUAUGACCAACGGAUAAUCCAAAGAGGAGCUGUACAAUCUUAUGAGGGGCAUGUGAAUUCCCAUACUCGUAUGCAGCUUGGAGUUGACCCAUCUGAGAGAUUUUUUAUGUCAGGUGGAGAGGACUGCAAUUUACGAAUUUGGAGUAUCAAGUCUGGUGAACUGCUUUUUGAGGAUAAAUUCUCUAAAACAGUCCCCUCAACUGUGUGCUGGCGGAACGCUGAACGGUUCAACGGAGAGCAGGAUGAAAGGCGAAGCUAUGAAUACCUUGAUGCCAAAACUUAUGGUUUGGGGGCAUGGAUUGGAUCGCGUGAAGGACUAUUUUACAUGCACUGGCAAGUGUGAGGUGUGCAAGAGUGUUCUCAAGAAUGCUUUUACAAAUGUGCAAAGCUUGGCCUUUCUUUUUGUACUGAUGCUUGAGUGCAGCAAUUUGAAUGCUCACCAUACAGGAACGCAUUUCUGAGCUGAAACACAUGGCAAUGCUGGUGUGAGGAGAUAUGAACAAGGUACAAGUUAUGAUUUUGACCUUUUUCAACUGACUUCGAAACUGUUGGCCUUGAGGAAGACCAACGCAAAAUUUUCUAGAUGGUAAUAGUAGCGGAAGCUGCUUGCCAAUUUUUUUAAGGUUUCCAUUGUAAAGAUAGAAAGCUGGUACAUAGUGUGAGUCUGAAAAUGGUAUUUAUGUGAGGGCUUGUAGCUUCGGUGGUUGAGAGCAUUUAUCCUCGUUCAAUGCCAAAGUUCAAAUCCUCUCUCUCCCCCUUUGGCCUCCCUUGUAACAACAAAAUGGUACUUUGUACAUUGAUUUUGUGAAAUUCAGUAAAGUGAAAAUAUUACUACUUCAA